AUGAAUUCACAGUUCAUGCAAGAAGCUUCAGAAGCUUGUUUCAAUGGCUGUUGUUCAUCACCAUUCUCAUCUCACUCUGAUUCACAGAAACAAGAAGAGUUCGAGUUCUCGUUAAUCACAUCAGGAGCUUCGUUUCUAACCAGAGACAUCAAAUUCACAAGCCAAGAUUCUCUUCCUCCUCUUCGUACAUCUUUCUACGAUCUCAUCACAGCUUUUCCAGAUUACUUGCAGACAACUCAAGCCGAUCAUCUCCGAUCUACAGAGUACCAAAACCUAUCUCCCUCCUCUCGACAUGUGUUUGGUCAACAACAACCUUUGUUCUCUUACUCACAAUUCCGACAAAUCUCUGAAUCCGAUUCGAAUCCUCCUCUCAUUACCUUGUCUUGCAAGACAGCGAGCUCAGGUGAAGAAAUGUUAUCAUUCUCGAGUCAAGAAACUCGAUUUCAGUCAAUGAUGAGGAAAAGAAUCAUGGGGUUUAUGAAUCUUGAUGAAUCAGAAUAUCACAUGAUUCUAACUCAAGACCGUUGCUCUGCUUUCAAGAUUGUAGCAGAACUCUAUUCUUUCAAAACAAAUCCGAAUCUUCUCACUGUAUACAACUACGAAGACGAAGCAGUCCAAGAAAUGAUUAGAAUCUCAGAGAAAAAGGGUAUAAAACCCGAAUCAGCCGAGUUUUCGUGGCCUAGCACAGAGGUUCAUUCGGAGAAACUGAGGCGAAAAAUCGUAAAGAGUAAGAGAAGAAGCAAAGAAGAUAAAAGAGGACUCUUUGUGUUUCCACUUCAAUCUAAAGUCACUGGAGCUUCGUAUUCUUAUUCAUGGAUGAGUUUAGCUCACGAAUACAAAUGGCAUGUGUUGCUAGACACAUCUGCUUUAGGUUCUAAAGACAUGGAGACUUUAGGUCUUUCUCUGUUCCGACCAGAUUUCUUAAUCUCUUCUUUUACAGAGGUUUUAGGUCAAGAAGAUGAUCGUCCUUCUGGUUUCGGUUGCUUGUUCGUAAAGAAAUCUAGCUCUCAGGCUUUAACACAAGAACCAAAACUCAUCACCAAUCCGGCGAAUCUCACCGUCGUAAAAGCCGCGGUAAUAGAAAAUGACGAAAUUACCCUUGGGGACCACGAGGACCACAAGGCGUCUACUUCUGCCACUGAGAUAGUUGAAAAAGAAGAAGAAGAUAAAGCAAUGAUUGAGUUUCGUGGUUUAGACCACGCAGAUUCUCUUGGUCUAAUCCUGUUAAGUAGAAGAUCAAAGUCGUUGAUUUUGUGGCUUGUACGAGCAUUGAUGAGUUUACAACAUCCAGGAUCUCACCAAACAGAGAUGCCUCUGGUUAGAAUCUACGGACCAAAGACGCCGAAACAGAGUAGAGGACCGUCGGUUUCGUUCAACAUUUUCGACUGGCAAGGAGAAAAAGUGGAUCCUUUAAUGGUGGAGAUGCUCGCGGAGAGGGAGAAGAUAGGUUUGCGAUGCGUGUAUUUGCAGAAGAUUAGGAUCGGGAACAAGAGAAGAAGUGAUGAUGAAGUAAGAGGAGGGCAGAGACAGAACCUGAGUUUGAGAGUGUCGGUGGUGAGUGUUGGAUUAGGGUUUAUGACGAGUUUUGAUGAUGUAUUUAGGGUUUGGGGGUUUGUGUCGAGAUUUUUGGAUGCUGAUUUUGUGGAGAAGGAGAAGUGGAGAAAGAAAGCUCUUGAGAAAGAAAAAAAACAAAUGACGGCGUGA